AUGGACCGUCUAAGUCUCAAGUUUGGCCUGGAAUUAUCAUUUGACGACGUCCUCAACGUCGUCACUAUAACACCACAGCUAAAACAUCUCAGGCUCACCUUCACCCCGGACGCCGACGUCACCGUCUCUCCCACUCGCGGGGCUCAGCACCCUAGAGUCAACCUCACGCACCUACGCACCUUCUCCGUCGAGUGCUCCCGCAGGCAGCAUUAUCCCCUCGUCGAUCGACUACUCUCUUGUGUCGACAUAUCAGCCAAGACCGAGUUUAUCCUCAGGGCAAGACAGGACAAUCUCGACAUCGCCGGGUCUGGUCGUGGCCUAUUCGAGCUUCAAUCUCAAGGCAUGGACCCAGCACUCCAGGCAUUCUGGUGUCAUCUGGUUUUAUCCUCGAAAUCCUGCGCCCUCAUAGGAGCCACUCAGAGACUCGCCGCUGGGAAUGACGACAGCGCUCGGAUACCGCUCUUCACAGUUCGGGCGGACAGUGACCAAGCCUCGCCUGCGUUUUGUAUGGAGACGAUGAGAAACCUGCCGUCCUUCCUUUCCGCUCGGCCCAUCACGAGGCUCUGGAUCAGUAUCGACGGGCUCACACAAAUCGAGACCCCAUGGGCCAUACCGUUCGAAUGGAGCGAACUCUUGUCUUCCGUCCCGGACGUGGAGGAAUUCGCCCUGCGCGUCGAUAUAUGGGCCCGGUAUCCUGCGUGCUCUGCGCUAGUUGGGAGUGCGGAUGCGUGGUUUGGCCUUCUUCGAUAUCAGUAUCAGGACGGAAGCGUCGUGUGUCCCAAUCUUCACCGUCUGUGGCUCGUCUUCGUCACUCGUACGGUCUCUUUGGUGAACUGUCUGACCGGGAUCCGCGACCUUGUGAGGUUCAGACGUAGUGUGGGAGCUGAGAUCCUUCAGCUUCAUUUGGCGGUGGAUGGGGAGCGCUGGGGACGCGAGGCUUGUGCGGAUGAACGUGUUAUGGUACUUAGACAGGAGAUUGUGUCGUGUGGGGUAGAUUUUCGGGAGGAGUUUGACUUGAGCAAGAUACGUUGGCCGGAGCCGAGUACUUAA